UAGUCGGUUUGCUGCGGCACACAUUAUGAUGGGGUAGAUAGAGGGAAUAGGAAAACAAUUGGUUUAUCUUUUGUUCAUUGUCCGGCGGCGAUAGAGAGGAAAGAAUUUAGAAUUUAGGGUUUGGUGAGAUUUUCCAAGAAUGUUCCUGGGAGAAGGCACUAAUGAUCGCGUCUACGGUCGUAAGGGAUUCAUUAUUUUUCCUGAUCCACCGUACCCAUAUGAGCCGAAGCGUAUAGGAGCUCUUUACUAUGAAGGCGGCUAUCCAGAUGUCAACUUUGUACCACCGGUGGAGGAAUAUGAACCAUCCUUGCCCUCUUCACAAUCACCAACUGACAGCUGUCAUGAACAACCCGAUUCACCAACAUAUGAACCAAUGGCUCCGGGAGAAUUGCCGGAAUGUGAUGUCUACAAAGAUAUAUGUUCUGAUCCCCAGAAGGUAGACUGGGCGGUUCCACCUAUGGAAUUCUUGGCUGAAGUUGGACUUGGUUGCUACAAUCUGCAAAAGGGGACAAACUUUCAAUUUUCGGAUGAUCCACAUGACUUCCAGUAUCUGUAUCAUACCGGCUUUGAGGAUCUUACCGACUUUGAGGAUCUUACCGAUGCUAAAGCAUCACAUUCUAUGAUAAUGCGCAAUUCCACUUGCGAGUUUGAAACAAGGGCUGCCGUUCAAAAAGAUGAAGAAGAAGACUGUUGCUUGAGUUUGAUUACAACGCUCCACAGGCCGCAAACUCCAGAGGUGGAAGGUGACACACUUGCCCCGGAUGAUUUCUUCAAAGGUCCUAUGCCAGAUUGUUUGCCUCACGAUAGGUGGAGGCUCGGUAAUAUGCUCAAUAAGCCGAAAUUCUACUUGUUGAGGAAAUCAGAGAUGGAAGAACACAAGGAAUUGUUUCUUCUGUACGCGGAAAUCACAUUGUUUACCCACUGGGAAUCUAUCAGGCUAAUGGACUGGGCAAAGCCAUUGGAGCUAUUAUAUGUAAUUGUGCAAACCUGGGAGCCGAAGCUGAAGUUGAAGGCCAAGGCGGAGAAUGCAAACUUCUACAUUACCUUCUCAACCUAUCACGGUUUUCCCUUCCAUGCUGUCAUAAGGAGAACAACGACUGGAAAACCAAACCAGAUGUCGCUUGAAUUCAAGAUGUUGAUGUGUCCCAAAUGAAUUCAAGAUGUUGAUGUGUUAAGAAGUAUCUUAUCGUCCCAUUAUUUAUAUAUCAUGUAAAAUCAUUUUGGACAUCAAAUGCUCUGUUUUUACAAAAGCUGAUAUUUGGACACAAUGAUUUCCGUUUGUA